GACCAGUGGAAUAUCACUGAUUCACAGACCAAGUCAACGUACAACAGCAGGUCCAAAGGUAAUUUGGGGACCAUCCAGGGCCAGGAAGUGAAGGCUGUGAAAAAGACCAGUCUCUUUGAAGAAGAUGAUGAUGAAGAUGAUCUGUUUGCCAUUGCCAAGGACAGUCAAAAGAAGACCCAGAGAGUGUCACUCCUCUUUGAAGAUGAUGCUGAUAGUGGAAGCUCUCUGUUUGGCUCUCCUCCUGCCUCUGUUCCUCCUGUAGCAACGAAAAAAGAGACUGUUCCUGAGGUACCACCUUUGCUAUUCAGUGAUGAAGAAGACAAAGAGGCACAAUUUGGAGUGCAACCUGUGGAUACAAAGGUUGAGAGUGCCAAAGUGUCCUCAGAGUUGGGAAGGGCUGAGCUGGCUGAGGAAGCAGAGAAGGGAGGAAUAUUGCCCACAUCUGCCCAGGAAGCAGUCAAGCAUUCUGAUUUAUUUUCUUCAAUAUCCCCUUUGGAGAAAGGAACCAAGAGUAGAACCAAAACUGUUCUUAGCUUGUUUGAUGAGGAAGAGGAUAAAACGGAAGAUCAAAACAACAUCUGUGCUCCACAGAAAGAAAUAGAAAAGGGUCCUAGUCCUGAUGCCUUCCCCAAGAGCACAGGUGUCUUCCAGGAUGAAGAGCUGCUUUUUAGCCACAAACUCCAAAAGGACAAUGACCCAGAUGUUGACCUUUUUGCCGGCACCAAGAAAACAAGGUUGUCAGAGCCAAGUGUUGGGAGCCUGUUCGGCGAUGAUGAAGAUGAUGAUCUUUUCAGCUCUGCCAAGACCCAACCUGUGGUGUCAGAAAAAAAGAGAGUAGUGAAAAAAGACCACUCUCUUUCCUCUGUGAAGACCCAGAAACAACCUGAAUCCACUCAAGGUAGCAAAGAAAAAAGCACAUGGAAGCCAGAAAUACCGCAGAACCGUGUCAAAGUGAGAGGGAAACGCAGGCCACAGACCCGUGCUGCCAGGCGACUGGCUGCUCAGGAGUCUAGCGAGGCGGAGGACAUUAGGGCUCCCAAAGGACUCAUUGCACAGUUUACAGAUCAUGCCAUUUCGCCAAAUGACCCUCAGCCUCAACCGCAGCCCAGAGCAGCCAGUGGAGAAGUCAGCUCUGAGGAGGCCGUGACUGCUUCUGCUUCACCUUGGGAAAGUGGUCCUGUGCCUACAAUGGACAGAAGCCCAUUUGAGAAGUCUCUGUGUCAGCCCAGAGGCGAACCUGAUCUGUUUGAUUCUGAAGACAUCUUUUCCAAGGACACAGGAUCUCAGUCCAUGGAGAGAACAAAAGCUAAGGGGAAGUCAUCAGAUACCCCAGCCUACUCUCAAGGGGCAAGUAAAGAUAAGAGCCCUCUAUUUUCUGCUCUCAGUGAGGCUGGUAGUGAUGAUGAUCUCUUUCAGUCUGUUAAACCAAAACCAGUAAAGAAAACCAGUCCCUUUCCUCUCCUGGACGAUGAGGAUGAUCUCUUUACAGAUCAGAAAGGCAAGGAGAGUGAGUCAAAAUCCAACAGUCAGCAGGAUGUUGUAGCAAAAACACAAGACAUUUUUGAGGAUGAUAUAUUUGCUACAGAAGCAAUUAAACCCUCUCAAAAAAAAAGAGAAAAGGAGAGAACUUUGGAAUCCAACUUAUUUGAUGAUAACAUUGAUAUCUUUGCUGACCUAACUGUAAAGCCAAAAGAAAAGUCCAAAAAGAAAGUGGAGGCUAAGUCUAUAUUUGAUGAUGAUAUGGAUGAUAUCUUCUCUGGUCUCCAGGCUAAGACAACCAAACCAAAAAGCCGAUCUGCACAGGCAGCACCUGAAGCAAGAUCUGAACACAAGGUGUCCAACAUAUUUGAUGAUCCCCUGAAUGCCUUUGGAGGCCAGUAGAGCAUACAGGGCAUCUGUGUCUCACCUGUCAGCUACGUCCUUGAGUUAAUGAUGCUGUCUUAUACGCUCAUUGUCUUAACUGGAUUACAGAAAGCAAAUACUGGAUUAGCUAGCUCAUCUUAUACCUGAUGCAAUUAGUAUUUUUCUGCACUGAUUUUAAUCAUGCUUAAUAAUUGAAAACAAAAAUAAAUGGUUCACAGUGGUUUGUUUUUAUUUACUUAGUCUUGGUAGGCCCAUAAGAAGAUUAGGGCAUGUUAAAGAAAAAAUCUGUUUGCAGCUUUCAUGGGUGGGCAGGGAAUUCAGAGAUAUAUCAACUUCCAGACAGAUGACCUGGUGUCUUUGUUACGUGGGUUGGAACUUCUUGCUUAGACAGGACGUCGGCAGUGAAAAGGGAAAGGAGAUGAGAGAUUAUACUUUUAAGUCUAAGCCUGUGAGAGGUUUCCUCUGAACUCCAAAGAUGCUUCUGCAAGUUCUCUAAGAAAAGAUUUUGCAAACUAUGGCCCUUGAUACUCUGAUUUUGU